GAAGUUAUCUUCUAGUGGAGAGGAAUAUACUUUGGUUUUGCUGCAGUACACCCUUCCAUACUUGGUUAACUAACUAGUUGAAGGUUGCAGAAAGGUCGCAAUAAAAAAUGAUCUGGCGUGCUAAGGAUUUUGUUUUUUUUCUUUUUAAUGACAGCUGAGUUUACACAGUGCCAUGAGAUUGGGGGUGUUCCGUAGAGUUGUUUGGAAAGCUGGGCUAUUUGUGUUCGCUUGCAAACUUAAACAGCCUCCGCCACCACAAACAUCUCCACUUUUCAGCCUUCGUGAAGCCCAGCAGCUGUGGCGGACGUUUCGGCCUCUGACUUCCCCCCCCGGCGAAAAGGAUGAAACCAUGGGCCUUAGCUUCUCCUGUCUGAAAGGCUUCAAACUGUGUGUGAGUGGUGGUGGUGUCAGCAGCGGCGAGGUGGCUGUCAUGGCUGAGAAAAGGCUAAGAGUCCCAGAUAUUAUUAUCACUCCUCCGACCCCCACGGGGAAGGCACUCUUGAGAAACCCCAGCCUGGGUGAUGAUGAACCACAGGACAACUGCUGAGGCAGAGGUGGACAUGCAGCCUCCUGGCUCCAAGCCAAAGAGAACAGGCGCUUGGUGGCAUUGUUAGAGAACGUAGCGCUUGAACAGCUCAGGAACUGUCCGAGGCCUCUGAGUUUCCCAAACACCUCCUCCCUUUUCUUCUCCCCUUGCCAGGUUGAUUAAAAAUGGACCAACAGCUUGACAUAUACCUCAUUCCCUCUUGAGACCAUGGCACUGUUGCCUACCUGUAACAGGCAAAGGGACGUUCAAGGAAUCCGCCAAGCCAGCGUCUACUUGGAAGAAGACCUGCGGUGAUUGAUGGCUUUGGGGAGGAAUAGAUGGGGAGAUAUUUUGCAACAAGACCUGCUUGUUGCUUUCAGGUCCUUGCUAGUGGUGUUGGUCAGCUUGGGCCCAGCUUAGGCUAAUUAAUCGGUCAUUGUCAGAAUCGAAGGAGCACUGAUUUGCACAGAUGGUGCAUGGGCUCUGCAGGUGGAUAAAAGCAGUUUUAAGGGGAAAUGCUACAAUUUCAAGAGCAAAUACGUCUGUAGUCAGAUGAUGUUUUUUGCUACUGCUCCAUCUCCUGUUUUGGCCCUCUCUGCUCGUGAGCAACACCAAGUUCUCAUUGUUCCCUUCACUUGGUCUGUUGUAUUUAAAGCGGACUUGGACUGGGCGACCCUUCCAGCAGACGUCCCUCUGCAAAAUGGAACCUAAGGCCGGUUUAGCAAAACAACACAAGUUUGCUUUGCUCUGAGGUAGUGAGUGGAAGGAGGAAAAAUGCCCUUGCUUCUCUCACCUGAUCCUUCUUUUUGGAUAGAGACGAUCUCUAGGUCUUAGAAGCAACUAAUGAAGAAUCUGGGAAUGUGUUUUAGCAAGACCUGACCACAAGUGGGGAACUUUCUCCAAGAGUAAAGAAGCCAUAGGCCUGGUAGGGAGUCAUUAACGUCUGUCAUCCUUUUGCUAGCCCGCUUGGAAAUUGGGCUAAUUGGGUGGGAUUGGGAAAGAUGGUUGUGGAGAUCCUAUUUAGUUUGAGCUCCUCAAAUAAUAGGGCUCUAUACUUGCAGGACAAUUGGAGAUACCUCCCAGAGACUGAGGUCUCCUUCAAACACUUCAAUAUCAGCUGUGAAAAGUAUACCCCACAUUGUAAGACAUCUACAACACAGGGCAGACAUGGUAUGGAGCAGGAUGGGGGCAAUAUCUGGUUCCCUCCAACCUGGCAUCCUUCCUCUAUCUUUUUUCUGGGAGUUGCAGCCUGGUGUAUCCACAGAAGGCACCAAGCUGAAGAAGGCAGUCAUAGGCUGGUGCCCUCCAGGAGCCACGUUGACUGGGAGUGAUGGUUGCUGUGGUCCAACACACCCGGGGGAUACUAGAUUGGAGAGAACAGACUCAACUCACAGUAUAAGCAGUACGCUGAAACCUUGAUUUUCCAGACCGCAUGCAAUGAGUGAAAUUCCAUUGUGAUUUGCAGGAUGAAAUCAUUAUACAAAUAAAUGUGGUUUGCAUUGGUUUGCAUCACUGGUGUCAUCUGCAGUGAUGGACUCUUGAAUUUAGUGGACUUUCAGGAGUAACAGAUGUCCUCUUCCCACAAUUAAGUCUGUUAAGGUUUCAUUAAAUAUUGGGAAAGGAGGAUUAUUUUGAGCCAGCCACAAAAAUUCUCUGUUGGAGCUCCAAGGAAAGGUAGUCUUCCUUGCCACUAAUGCCUGAAUUGAAGCCACGUGGACAUCGUUCACAGCCAGUGAGAGAGAAAAAAUAGUGUUGUGGGUGCUGUGGGUAGAACGAUUGUAAUACAAGCUGAAUGACAGAAGAGAUCGCCAUUUGUUUCAGUCAUGACUGACUUCAUCAGAUCAGUGGUGGAAUAUGAUGAACCACGUUCUUUUCCAUAGCCAGAUUUUUACUCUUGAUCAAAGGCAUCAAAACUCUCUCCACCAACUCUGUGCCAUGAAGCAAUUAAAAUGGACUCAACCUAUAUGUGCAACUGUACACUCCGGAUGAAACAUGAUUGAAUUAUUAGAGAUGGAAUGAUUGCUAGAAUAAGUCCCCAAUGAUUGUACACCUAGUCAAUCAAUCUCAGCUAUAGAAGAUGAGAUGCAAUUUCCCACUUACUCCCCUUUUAUAAUGCUUGCAAAUCAGACGUUCGGUUUUCAAUCGUCAUUUCAUUUCUCUGGGUUCAUUCAAAUGAGAGACAAAUGUUUUAAUUUAACGUGAGAUAAGACUGAGUAUUUCGUUUCAGAUUUAGCAUGAAUUGGCAUGUUCUGCUUUUCCUUUAAAAAUCACGUUUUCCAAGUCUGGAGUGGGUGGAAUAUUUAUAAAACAUCACCGUUUUAUUACACCACAUUAAAAUUUUC